CGAAGCAGCAAGUCAAUCACAGUAAAUUCUUGAGUCUGUUCCUUUUAGUUGUACUUUCAAGUUACCGAUUUUAUCUUUCUACGUGCGAAAUAUUACUAGAUUAUAUGCAGAAGCCAUAAGAAAAGGCACAUUAGCUUUUAAAAUCUUUCAUAAUCUGAAAGUCAAUGGAGCAGAAGCAAACUGUCGUCUGCCGUAUAGACAUAACCUUGUCAAGUCUUAGAACACGAUAGUAAAUAAUAAACAAGUGUAAUAAAUUUGUCAACCGGUUGUUUCAAAAUAUUUCACGAUGUCCGAAAAUACAAGUGAAGCAGCUACGGCUGAAAAAGAAGCUACUAGUGAAGAAGAUGUUAUCUCGGAGGAGGAUAGACAAUAUUUGACAGAAUAUGUGAGAGAAACAGAACAAAGACUUGCAACAAAGGAAGAGAUUCGUGCGUCCAAUCUAAAUCCUACAAGACCUUCGGAUACAUCAUUCAGUAAACUUGACUCAAGUCUCAAGAGAAAUACCACAUUUGUCAAGAAAUUGAAGAACUUUAGCAUGACUCAACUUGAUACAGUUUUGAAAGACAUGGCAAAUUUAAACCUGACCAAAUAUGUGAGCGAAGUUGCUGCUGCUCUGGUGGAUGCCAAAUUAAAGAUGACCGAUGUUGCGCCAGCCAUUAGAGUAUGCAGUUUUCUCCAUCAGACAUAUGCCGAAUUUUCCACUCAUUUCUUCGAAAAUUGGCAAAGAAUAUUGUCACUGAAGAUCAAUGACAAGAUCUCGAACCCCAGCAAGUUGAGAGUAGAUCUUAGAUUCUAUGCGGAACUAGUAAAUGCUGGAAUAUUCACACACAAGCAGGGUUUGCCGCUACUAGGCUCAGUAUUGACUGUAUUGAUCAAUAUGGAUAAGGAAGAGCACAAUAAUGUCAGCAUAAUAUUAAGUUUUUGCCGACAUUGUGGCGAGGAUUACGCCGGUCUUGUACCAAGAAAGGUGCGAGAACUGUCCGAGAAAUUAAAUGUUACGAUUCCAAAGAGCAAACUUUUAUCACCGGACAAACAACAGAAUGUUAAAUUGUUACUGCGAGACUAUUAUAAUUCUUUAUGCAAACACUUGUUGAAGGAGCACAAGGAAUUGCAGGCGUUUGAGAAGCAGAAUCGCAAAAUAUUGCAAACUAGAGGUGAACUGAGUUCAGAGAGGAAGGAAAAAUUGGAGGCCCUCCAACUCUCUUAUGAACGUUUGCUAACCAGUGUACAGAGCUUUUCUGACACUCUGGAUGAACAGAUGCCUGAACUUCCAGUGGACAAUGAAAUGAAGACCGAAACGGAAGAAACGUUGAAAAUGAUUAAUGAGGGAGAGGACAAUACCAUCUUGGAAGAUAUGUGGGGCGAUGAGGAAACGAGACGUUUCUAUGAAGUAUUGCCAGAUUUGACGGUCUUCCUGCCAGGUUCGUAUUUGAAGGAGACUCCGAAAGAAGUAACAAAGACAGAUGUAUCGAUAACGGAGGAUGCUCUUGACGAAGAGAUCGUUUUCGAUGAGUUAGAAGAUACCGAAAAAAUUGAGGAGCCACCGGAACCGGAAGUGGAAGAACCACAAGUAUCCAACACAAGCAAUAAGAUACUACUAGACGCUUUCUUGACUCAUCUGCCGAACUGCGUCAAUCGCGAGAUGAUCGACAACGCAGCAGUGAAUUUUUUGAUGAAUCUCAAUACAAAGCAUAAUAAGAAAAAAUUAGUAAAGGCUCUUUUCGGUGUUUCUAGGAUUCGUCAGGAUCUACUACCUUUCUACUCUCGCUUGGCGGCCAUUUUGCAUCCGGUGAUGCCCGAAAUCGGCAAUGAUCUGUGUCAAAUGUUAAAGCAAGAUUUCAAGUACCACGUCCAUAAGAAGGAUCAAAUCAACAUCGAGUCGAAGAUCAAGGUGGUACGCUACAUCGGCGAGCUCGUCAAAUUUAAGCUCUAUUCGAAGAUAGAGGCUCUCUAUUGUUUGAAGGUGUUGCUGCACGAUUUCACGCAUCAUCACAUCGAAAUGGUCUGCAAUUUACUGGAGAUCUGCGGUCGAUAUCUAUUUUGUUCGCCGGACUCUCAUCAGAGAACCAAGGUGUAUCUGGAACAGAUGAUGCGUAAAAAGGCGGUCACUGCACUUGAUUCACGCUUCGUCACGAUUAUCGAAAACGCGUAUUACUUCGUGAAUCCACCCGAAUCGACUGGCGGUGUCGCGAAGAAGGAUAGACCCCCCGUGCACGAAUUCAUUAGAAAAUUACUGUAUCAGGAUCUCUCCAAGACGAAUACUGAUAAGGUGCUGAAAUGGAUGCGGAAACUUGACUGGGAAGACGAGAAUGUAUCGUCAUACGCUAUAAAAUGCCUCACUGCCGCUUACAACGUUAAGUAUCCUAACGUUCGUUGUGUGGGCAGUUUAUUAGCCGGCUUGGUGGCCCAUUACGAGACCAUAGGACCCAAGGUAGUCGACGGUGUACUUGAAGAUAUACGACUGUGCAUGGAAAUUAAUUUGCCUAAAUAUAAUCAACGACGCAUUGCUAUGGUAAAAUAUUUGGGCGAGCUGUACAAUUAUCGAAUGGUAGAAAGUGGCGAUAUUUUCCGUACUUUAUAUUUACUGAUCAGUUUCGGCGUCAGCAUGGAUCACUCGUCACCGAGCAUACUUGAUCCAUCCGAUCAUCUCUUUCGCAUCCGUUUAGUGUGUACGUUGUUAGAGACUUGCGGCCAGUACUUCAGCGGUGGAUCCAGCAAGAAGAAACUUGACUAUUUUCUAGUAUUCUUCCAAAAUUACUUCUGGUUCAAGUUUACGGAUCCCGUUUGGACGUCCGAAAACCCAUUCCCCGUCGGGAUAGACUACAUGUAUCGCGAUACGUUAACGAUGCUACGACCCAAAAUGCAAUUGUUCCAGAGUUACAAGGAAGUACAAUGCGCCAUAGAAGAAUUGCGAAAUAUUUUAUAUCCAAGUUUGAAUAAUCCACCCGUUGACGACGUCGCUGCAGAAGGCGAGAAUGACAUGAGCGUUAUCUUGGAAGGCGACGAAGAAGCAGCAACUACAACUGGAAAUGGUAGCGGAGACGCGAAGGGUUUGGCGGAGCUGCACUUUGAAGAAUCCGAAGAUUGCUCGGAGGCGCAGUCGGAAGAGGAAUGGACGGCUGAUGCCGAGCGAGACGACGCUAUGGGUACCCAAGAGAACACUCAGGGUGAUCGGUCUCAAAGUCUGUCGGCUGAGGGUGGCACCGAGGGCGUAAUCAUGGACGUGACGGAAGAACUGAAUGCCGCUUUGCCAGCCGGACCACGACGUGUGAGCUGUCCGGAGGACGAUGACUUUCUGUCCGCGCUGGAUAAAAUGGUGUCGGAUAAUAUACAGGACCGAAUGCGAGAUUCGAUAAAACCGCAACAGGUCGACAUCUCUGUGCCGCUGCAUGUAAAGAGCACAAAAAAAACAUAUGAACAACUACAGGAACGACCAACUGACAACAACACAGUGGACUUUGUGCUGAUGUUGAGAAAGGGUAAUAAGCAACAGUAUAAGAAUCUAGCGGUCCCAGUAUCGUCAGAGUUGGCUAUGAAUCUUAGAAAUCGUGAACAGGAACAAAAGGAGGAGAAGGAACGUGUGAAAAGACUGACAUUGAACAUUACCGAGAGACAAGAAGAGGAAGACUAUCAAGAGACUAUGAAUCAAAGCACCAGACCAGUCACCGUGAACUUGAAUAGAGAACGGCGACAAAAGUAUAAUCAUCCUAAAGGAGCCCCGGAUGCCGAUCUCAUUUUCGGACCGAAGAAAAUUCGAUAAAUUCAGAGAACUUCAAAUUUUCGGACAAUCGAACUUUUCAUUAAGAAACAGGACAUUUGUGAAGUGAUUAAUUAUAAUUCGGACCUCUUUAAUUAAUAGUUAUAUAGUGUUAUCGUUUUUUUACUAUAGCACAUUAGAAUUUCGAGAAUGAAUGUCGUAAGGCGUUCAGAACACAACAGUUCAGCAACGUUAAUAGAUUUUAUAAAUUAUAUGACGAUAUAAUAUAGAUUAAUCUAGUAACGAUGCUUAACUGUUGUGUUCUGAACGCACCCAUAGUGUGUUGAAUGAAUCAGAAUUUUGAGUAUGAAUGUAUUAUAUGUAAAAUAUAUAUACAUAUAAAAACAUAUGUUACAGUGCAUUUAAACGAAGUCAUACAAAUCAUUGGUACAGUAAGUUCUCAUUAAAUUAACAUAAAAACUAAUUUUGAUAAUUUAUAAAUGUAUAAAAUAUAUAGAUUAAAAUUUAUUCUUCCGGCUAAAACAUAUGUACAUGAAAAAAAAACCAAUAUAUGGAUUAUUACACUACACUGCCGAUUUUCGAUUACAUACAUACAUAAAGUUUACUGUACCAUGUAAAUGCACUUUUAAUGCAACGAGAUGAUAUAUCAUUAAUAACGUGAUAAUCUGCGCUAUGAUGAUGUGAAAAUAUUAGACAUUUUUAUAAACUUAUAAUUACUCGUUAUUUUAUGUCUAUCAACGAAAGCUAUGUUGUGAUAGAAUAUACGAUCAAUUUAUAAAUAUUUCUCUAUGCUAUCUUUCGAUUCUCUUUCUACACCUUAUUUGGAAAAGCAAAAUUUUCUUUUUUCCCUUACAGAUAACCUUUCUAUUAAAAGAAAUCGUGUAAAGAAGUCAAAUAUUGUGAUGUACAAUUAUUUAUUUUUAUCUAGGAAAUUAUCGCCAUGUACAAAAUGAAUAUAAAUAAAUGUUUAGGUGCUUUAACGUUUGAUACGGCUCCAUAGUAAGUUUUGCAAUAA